ACACCCUCGAUCGAGCUUACGGAUGGUUCUACUCGCGUGCCUUUCGGAUCCGGCCUUCUCUCUUAAUUUCUCCAAUAUUCCUCGUUUAACGCGGUCCGGUCAGUGACAAUACCGAAAGGUCUCUCAGCAUGCCAAGGAAAAUCGGAUUCAACGUCGUUUAUGCCACUAGCGAGGAGGAGAGACACUCUUCCUUGGAACUGAACGCUCACGGUCCAACGGUGCGAGGCUGGCAGAGCGCCAGGAGGUGCGCCUACCCCCAGGAACUCGUCCUACGCCUGCACGGCCCGACCAAGCUCACCAGAAUACAGGUCCUGGCUCACCAGUACCUCAUUCCGGAGAAACUGGAGAUCUGGACCUCGAGGGAGGAGAACGCUUCCCUGUCGACGGACUUCACCUACUUGGGGUACAUCACUCUGUCCGACAACGCGUCGACCCUUUACAAGAGCAGGGAACUGAAGAGCGUGGCUCUUCCGGAGACCGAGGCGAUGUCGUUGAAGCUCCGGCUCCACAAACCGCACGGUAAUCCGCACAACGUUCACGAGCAAGUCGGCUUGAUCGCCAUAAACAUCCUCGGCGAACCUUACGGCCAACAGCUGAGCGGACAAGGAGACGCUCCCUACAAUCCUCAUUACACGUCCCCCUACGAUGAUUUGGCGUUCGAAAUGUACGUCGAUCGAGAGGUAGCCAAAAUCAUUAGGCAGAUGGAAGCGAAGAAGUUGCAAGCCGUCGAAGAGGAGAGGUUCGAGUACGCCUCGAAACUAAAGGUCGCAAUGGAGAAUUUAAGAAAGGCAGGGGAACGUCUCGGCAAGUACGAAUUAGAGAAGAAAUAUGCCAUAGCCUUGGAAGAUUACGACAAGGCAAAGGCGAAAAAGGCGCAGGCCCAGCAAUACAGGCAGCAAGUCUAUCAGACCCUGGAAGUCGAGGACUUGCUGGAAUUACACGGACCUUUGGAGAAGAACAACGAGUCCUCCGUGGAGAGCAAGGAACCGAUAACAUUGGACAGUCGUGGACAUACCACCGGAGUGACGUCGGAGGACGUUACUUCCCCUCCCAGGUUGGUCGUCCCUCCGAGUCGUGAAGGUGCUCUGUCGCCGACCGGGCCCGCUCAUCAACAGCCGGUCUCGCCGUUGCAUCAAAAGGCCAAUAGUCCAGAAGUGACGGACAGCCCAACGAAUGGUGUCCUGGAGAGGCACAAUAACUGUAGCAAGGGAUCGAUCAGAAGAAAAACAAAAUCCGCAGGACCCGCCCUUAGAUCGAGUUACGAGGCAUACGAAGAGCGCACGAUUCCUGCGCUCAGACAUUCGCACACCAAUGAAUUUACAAGGGAGUGCCACGCCGAAAGCACGGAAGCCAAGGGUACUUCCAAACUUAACGACCGAGAGAGGAAGCAAGCGGCCUUGCCGAUCGCGGUCUUUGGGAUGGACAUGGUGGAAAAAUUCUACUCGAAGCAGUUUACGGACAAGGAGGAAGGUCUGAUGCAUUUGAAGGAGGAGCUUAGGACAUUCGAUCCCGAAGUAUCUAAGCAUUCACCGAAUAAAAUAGCCAGGGCGGCUAUUCUAUUGUUGCACCGAGCAUUGCGGGACAAAGUGUUCAGUGUCUACAGCUUGGCGGCUCAGCUCAUAAGAGUCUUCUUCGCGGAAUUCGCCACGGACAGGGUAUCUCCGGCCGAGAUCGGUCGCAGCGUCGAUCGUUUGCUUCCGGAGCUCUUGACCAAAUCAGGAGACACGACACCGAGAAUUCACAAUAUGGCGGUUCAUACGAUACUCAGUAUGGCAGACUGUAAGUGCGUCAGGGACUUACAUAUUAUCCCGGUUCACUUGAGUCGACCUGUCAGCAGUAGCACUCAUCAAAGACUGGCAUUGAGCAGACUAGAAAUGGUGGAACAGCUUAUCCUAAAUCAUGGAAUAUCCACGGACAAACAAAGUGGGUUGACCUGUCGAACUUUAUCAGAGUUGGGCUCGUCCGGUCUACAUCAUCCAGCCGAAGCGGUGAGAAAAGUUUCGGAAAGAAUUCUUGUUCUAGUUUACAAAGUCAAUCCCAGAUUGGUAAGGAAACAGCUGCCACCCGAUGACGAUAUUACGAGGAGAAAUUUGCUCUACCGGCAACUGUUUCACGAGUUCGAUUUAAUAGAUCUUCAGAGAAAAAAGGAACAAGAAGCUUGCCAAAAGUCCACAACCCCUACUCGCAUAAAACCCAUGGACAGCAACAUAACGAAUAUAACAAAGUCCCCACCCAGAACAAGUCCUGCUGUAAGCUCUGAAAGCUCAGUGAGCAUUACAUCUCCAUCCGAUGGUAGCACGGAUCAAAAAGGAGACAAAAUGUGUAUAUUUUGUCUAUCGAAAGGACAGGUUUACACGGAAGAAGGCCUUAACAUUCAUUAUUGGAGGACAUGUCCAAUGUUAACAAAAUGCGAGGCAUGCAAACAAGUUGUGGAAAUUUCGUGCUUAAAUAUACAUCUGUUGAGCGAAUGCGAUAUGAGAAGCAACUAUGCCAAAUGUGGAAUAUGUAAACAAGCUGUACACGAGAGAUCAUUUGGGGAACAUACGAAAGAGGAAAAAUGUACAAAGCCAAUCGAAGGGUACGAACGAUGUCCACUUUGCCUUACCCAAGUUAAUCACAACAAGUGGAGAGAACACUUAAUGGGCGAACAACCUUGUAGUAAUAAUCCUCGAUGUCAAAUUGGAAAAGGCUGUACAAAAUCAUCGUCCAACUUACAAAACUUGAGUGGAAAAUUGACCUCGCCAACCGACAGAGAUUACUAGCAUCAACUAUUGGUUUUAGUCUCAAUAGUUUGUAUAAAGUUAUUUAUGAUUUUUUGAAAUGUUUAUUUCAUAAUUUAUGUAUCAUUGUUAUUAAGCAUCUAGGUAUUUUGCAUAUUUAUACAUAUAUUUAAUUGAUAUAGUAAAAACCCGUCCUUUAAAUAUAGAAGGGAAAAGCCUUGAAAGUGGAGGGCACGAGGUAGUCAACAUUUGAAGAAUUACCGAAGAGAAAGAUACCUAGUCGUAUUAAUGGGUAGAUGGUUUAG